AUGCACACUGGUGAGGUCAAGAAGGGUGUUCCGAAUAGGGUGUUAAGGUAUUUUCCAAUAAUCCCUCGGCUUAAAAGAAUGUUCAGAACUGAAAGUCUUGCUAAGGAUUUGAGAUGGCAUUUCAGUAACAGGAGUAGUGAUGGGAAACUGCGCCAUCCAGUAGACUCUGUUACAUGGGUCUCAAUGGAUGCCAAGUACCCGUCUUUCGCAGCUGAGCAAAGAAAUUUACGGCUUGGUCUCUCUACGGAUGGGUUUAAUCCGUUCAGCAUGAAGACCAGUAGAUACUCUAGUUGGCCAAUGCUUCUAGUGAACUACAACAUGGCGCCUGAUCUCUGCAUGAAAGAAGAGAAUAUCAUGCUUAGUCUUCUGAUUCCUGGACCGCAUCAGCCAGACAAUGAAGACGACUGCAGUGAAUCAGAUGAAGAAGAAAACCUAGUUGAAAAAGACGAAGAGGAGCUAUCUAGAUGGAAGAAAAGGUCAAUCUUUUACACAUUGCCGUAUUGGGAGGAGCUCCCAGUUAGGCACAACCUAGACGUGAUGCAUGUGGAAAAGAACGUUGCAUCAAGCUUAAUUGCUACGUUGUUACAUUGUGGCAAUUCAAAAGACGGCCUGAAAGCUAGAAAAGAUCUUGAAGCCCUUGGUAUCCGAAAGAAUUUGCAUCCUAAAGCUCAGGGUAAAAGGACGUUGCUUCCUGCUGCACCUUGGUCUUUGUUAAAGACGGAGAAGAAACUAUUUUGUAAGCGGCUCUUUGACUUUAAAGGACCAGAUGGUUAUUGUUCUAACAUCUCCUCGUGUGUGUCAUUAGAAGAAUCGAAAGUGAUGGGACUAAAGUCUCAUGAUUACCACGUCCUGAUGCAGCAACUUCUGCCUGUUGCGAUCCGAGGUUUACUACCUAAGGGUCCAAGGUUAGCCAUUUUCCGGUUAUGUGUGUUCUUCAAUCUCCUAUGCCAAAGAGUUAUUGAUAUGGAACAAAUCCAAGUAAUGGAGACAGAGAUUGUGGAAACUCUAUGUAUGUUUGAGAGGUUCUGGCCACCUAGUUUCUUUGACAUCAUGGUGCAUUUGUGUGUGCAUCUCGGUAGAGAGGCGCGUUUAGGUGGUCCGGUUCAUUUCAGAUGGAUGUAUCCAUUUGAGAGGUACAUGAAAGUAUUGAAAGACUAUGUAAGAAACCCAGCCAGACCAGAGGGCUGUAUAGCUGAGUCUUAUCUAUCAGAAGAAUGUAUGAGGUUCUGCGCAGCCUUCUUGAAAAAAACAACAAACGUAGAGGAAAAGGCCGAGCGAAAUACUGAGUAUGAAAGCAAAUCAAUCUUGGAAGGUCGACCUUUAUCAGCCGGUAGUUCAUUCAGUUUGACUGAGAUGGAAAAGAAAAUUGCUCAUUUAGCUGUUAUUCAGAAUACGGCCUUGGUGGAACCUUAUGUUGUGGCUCAUUUACAACACUCCAAGACACAAACGGUAGAUGUCGUCGGAAUUCUACUCAUUUGUGGAAUACGGCUAGAUGCUGAAGAUAAAGCCGAUACUCUGAAAUGGUUGGCUUAUGGUCCGCGGAGUGUAGCCAGGUCUUUCACAGGGUAUAUUGUGAAUGGACUGCGGUUUCAUACCAACUCAGUUGAUAGACUAAGUCGGAAUAGUGGGGUUUACUAUGAGGCUACGGCGAUGUGUAGAUCUAGUGCUAAGGACACAGCACAAGUAGUAGACUUGGUUUCAUAUUAUGGCAAAGUAGUUGAUAUUAUCCUACUAGAUUACAAUGUGUUCUACGUUCCCAUAUUCUGGUGUCAUUGGGCUGUUAGAGGAAACGGGGUUAAAGUUAAAGAUGGGUUCACACUUGUUAAUAUGAAUCAGAGUCAAGCAUCUUUCUCCAAGGAUCCGUUCAUCUUAGCAUCUCAGGCGAGACAAAUAUUUUAUUCUAGAGAUAACGAUGAUUCCAGUUGGUAUGUAGCUAUGAGAGGUCCAUCUAGGAGAUACAGUGAUGAGAAUGAUGAAAUAGUGAACACAGAAGUAGGUCCGCUACCUUCAGAGGUUGACAUGGGUAUAGAAGAUUUGGCAGACGGAGCACCAAAUGUCAGAGAUGAUUGUGAAGGAAUUUACGUUUGA